CUACUGGGCAGUAUAAAUGUGGUUUUGUUUACCAGGGCAGUAGCCAAAAUCACUGACUACUGGAGUUGAUUCUGAAUCACGCCUGUCUGGAAAUCAAUUGCACUCACUGAAUUCUUUGGAGUUCUGGCCAUAAGCUGAGGCGCAACAUAUUACCUGCUUUACGCCCACAUUCGGUAGGGAACCGAACCGCAAACUCGGACAAUAUCUAGCAUAAAUCACUGCAGACCGACACGCAGACAAUAUCUCCAUGUUGUUCUACUUUUAUCGUCCUCCCAGUUUCUGUUCCACUCUAUUGCGACGACGGCUUGUAAUCAUCGACCGUAUCACAUCCCCUCAAUCCUUGGCCAAGAUGAGUGUUCCAACUCAGCAGCUUCCCUCCGAGCCCGCCUGCCGCAGAUUAGUACAAUUCUACGAACUGCAGGGCGCCGAUAACCGCGGUCGACGCCUUCAGCAGAUCAUUGAAUGGAGCGACAACCGUCUGGAGUCUUGUCACGACUACAUCCAGACGCUGUUUCCUCUGCCCGAAGAGUCCAUGUUUGCCGAUGCACCCGUCAUCGACGAGGAGACUUAUCUGUACUGGCGGCAGCACGCUUCACUGCGUCAAAACCUACGGCGCGCUUUUGAGCGCAUUCUCACCUUCUAUGGCUUCGAGAUCUCAUGGGACGAAGCCGAUGGCGGCGGUGCUGAUCGAAAACCGCACAUCUCGGAAAAGAGAGGGGCCCGAUCGAAUCUGGCGCGUUGGGUUAGGCCCAUGGACCACAACCACCUGCGCAUCACGCGCAUUCUCAGGAGCCUGCGCGUCCUGGGGAUGGAGGCGGAGGCCAGAGAAUUUCACCAGGCCCCUCUCGAGCGUUUGCCAGAAAUAUGGCAUAGUUGGUGGCACCAGUCAGAAGUUUUGGAGACGGGCUAUGGAAUUCCCCUUGCAUGUUGCGCCAGAUGGAACAGAAGUGGACUGGCUGGAGAAGUAUGAAGCCGCAGUCGACGCAUCGGAAGAUGAGCAGGAUACUAGCGACGAAGCCAGUGCACAGGAGCAGAAUACGGCAGACAGGGAAGGAAAUACCCGUUAGAUUUGAUGUCAAAAGCUCUGUUGAUGUUACUAUUUUCUAGACAGAACAGCAUGGCAUGUGAUAUGUCACCAUCAGCUCUUUCACUGACUGAAAUGUGCCAGACAGAAUAUGUGUGCAUAUUCAUUCAGGUGAUGUAUUCUUCAUAAGAAUGGUCCAAUAGCUCGUUUUCCGACUUUGGCAUGACAAAAGUUGGAACUUUUAAG